UUUUUGGGCCAUCCUGCUAUGUGUGAUUCGGUUUUUAGUCUGGGUUUUGUGUUUGUGUCGCGACAGCUGGGGACCGACCCAAGGAGCAGUCGGACCACAGGCCGCCCAGGGCGGUCUCAUCCGCUUAUAACCUGAGACCCCGGGGUCUCUUGUGGCCCCGUAUCUCCGUCCCAAGCAAAAGCCGGGGCACUCAGACACUCAGAGGUGCGAAGGCCCGGUAGAUUUCGAGGACGCGAGAAAAACACCUCCGGUAAGUCUGGCCAGUCCACAGCUACUGCCAAGACCGCUCCACGCGCCCUCAGGAGCCGGCCGGCUCCUCGUCGUCAUGGUAACCAGAUUGCGACCGCGCGUGCGCAAGACAAACACCUUUGUCACGUGAGGCCUGGCCGGGGGCGGGGCCGGCGAACGCCCGUCAGGACCCGUCGCGCCUCCCUUGUCAGUUCCCUGCCAGCCGAGGCGGGGCGAACCUCUGCCCUGUUGCGUGGGAGUGACUCACAGCUCCCGCCCCUUUUGGCUCCGCUUUCUUGCGGCCAGUCCCUCGCACCACGUGCCCUCCUGGCCGCGCCCCCAGCUGCCCUUUCCAACUGCCUGUUGGAAGCCGCUGUAAAAUGUCGUGAGGAGCGCCGCUGCUUUACGGCUGCCUCUCCCAGACUAGAGCCCCGGAGCGCCCACCGCCGUCAGCCGCGUCUCCAAGCUAGUCGGCCCCGUGGAGAGCAAGAGACCCUGCGCACCGCACCCCUCUCCGCUGCGCCCAUUCCUGCCCCCGGCGAUGUGAGCUCGGGGAGGCAGCGGUGCCCGCUGGCCCGGGGUUGAGACGGGCGGCAGGUGCCUGUGAAGCGGGCGGGUGCCGGGGGCCAGCAGGAUGGAGGAAAGCAUGGAAGAGGAGGAGGGGGGCAGCUACGAGGCGAUGAUGGACGACCAGAACCACAACAACUGGGAGGCUGCGGUGGACGGCUUCCGGCAGCCCCUGCCACCCCCACCGCCCCCCUCUUCGAUCCCGGCCCCUGCCCGAGAGCCUCCAGGGGGGCAGCUGCUGGCGGUGCCCGCGGUCUCCGUGGACAGGAAAGGCCCCAAGGAGGGGCUCCUGAUGGGGCCGCCGCCACCGCCUGAGGCUAAUGGGGUGAUCAUGAUGUUGAAGAGCUGCGACGCGGCCGCCGCCGUGGCCAAGGCGGCCCCCGCCCCCACUGCCAGCUCCACCAUCAACAUCAACACCUCCACCUCCAAGUUCUUAAUGAAUGUUAUAACUAUUGAAGAUUAUAAGAGCACAUACUGGCCAAAAUUGGAUGGUGCCAUAGAUCAACUUUUAACUCAGAGUCCUGGUGACUAUAUCCCCAUAUCCUAUGAACAGAUAUACAGUUGUGUGUAUAAAUGUGUAUGCCAGCAGCACUCGGAACAGAUGUAUAGUGAUCUGAUUAAAAAGAUAACUAAUCACUUAGAGAGAGUCUCGAAGGAGCUGCAGGCCAGCCCUCCAGAUCUCUAUAUUGAAAGAUUUAAUAUAGCUCUUGGACAAUAUAUGGGAGCAUUGCAGAGCAUUGUGCCUCUUUUCAUAUAUAUGAAUAAGUUUUACAUCGAAACCAAGCUUAACAGAGACUUAAAAGAUGACCUUAUAAAGCUGUUUACGGAACAUGUUGCAGAAAAGCACAUUUACAGCCUAAUGCCUUUACUUUUAGAAGCCCAAUCAACACCAUUUCAGGUCACACCUUCAACUAUGGCAAAUAUUGUGAAAGGCCUGUAUACCCUCAGACCAGAGGUGACCAGUCCCGGAAGAGAGCUGGGGAUGAGUUGGCUUAUAACAGUUCGUCAGCGUGUGCAAGUUCCAGGGGGUACAGAUAGUGAAUGUACUUUCCUUCCUGAAAAGAGGACACACUGGAGCUGCAGAGACUGUAUUCAGAGCACAGUGGGGGCUGCAGACACUCAGGAGCUCUGUCACAAAGCUGUUCGUGGAAGAGGAUGUUGGACUUCUUGGUUUGUAAUUUUAAAACAAAAACUAAACAAAAAACAAAAAAAGUUGCUGCUAGACUUGGGGGUGAUUUUGAAAUGGGACAAUCUUUUAAUGAGUUUAUCUACAGAUUCUGUGACGAAAAAGCAUCUCAGAAAGUGACCAUUUCUAAGUGAAAUCUGACAGCCAAAAUCAGCAGCUUCCUCCAAAAAUAGAAGAGAAGAAUUUUUUUUUAAAGCACUUGUUUUGUUCAUUUGUGGACUUGGCAUUUUGGUGUAUUGGUUUCACAUGUCAGGAUCUCUUUUGCUUUAAAACCAAGCAGAUCAUUACAAUACAGUAUUUUUCACCCAUAACCAAAACAACCCCUUUUAAAAGAGUUGGUCUUUGUUUAGCAUUAGAAAGUCUUAAUAAAGGAAAAUGCUAACUCUGCUUUUGCUAGAACUUUCCCCCAUCAGUUCACAACUUUUUUCUACUCUGUGCCUUGAGCUUUGUGCACUUUGCAACUGUGUGACCAUGUUGUCAAACUCCUCCUGGAGAAGUGUAUGGUAUCUAAACUCACCCACCCAGAUGGCAGGUGUGGCCCUGUAGCAGGAUGCUAAUUAAGUGGGAAAAUAUACACCUGUUGCACAUUGGUCAGAUUUUCCCCUGGUUCACCAGAGCAUAUUCAUGUUAAUGUUGGGGACCAACUCUCAUAGAGCAUUUCCAUUCCCUGUGCCACUUAACACGAUGUCACCAGCUGCUGUAGUAUUGGCAGUACUCUAGUUUAGGGAUGGGCGGUAUUUUAGCUCUGAAGUUCCCCUUAGUAUUAUUGAGAGCUACUUCCUGUAAUGCUCUAGGAAGCAGAUAGUUAUUAAGUCCAAAUACACCCAGUGGUGUGGGGUUCCUGAUCACUUCAUUUUAAAUGAGUGAGAUAAUUACUUAAAAAAAGUCUGUCAUUUGAACGUUAUAUUUGAGUGUGAUAGGGAAGAAGUAGCACUGCUGUCUUAAGGCUCCCUUCUAGCUGUGGCAAAGCUAUAUUUCUGUUACUCUACAUCCACAGUGCUUUUUAGUCCUUCAUAAAAGGUUGUUGUUGUAAGCCCAAGAAAAUAGAUGCAGCAAAAGAAAAAUACUUUUCUUCUCAAUUUUGCUUGAAUCUUAAUUGAGCAUAGGCUUCUCUACUAGGCAACAUCAGACUAAUAAUAUUUACCUCUUCAGAGAACUUGAGGGGAAAAGAAACAUCCCAGGGAUAUUGUUGCAUGUCUGCUCUGCAGGUUUUUCAUAAAGCUGCCUCUGCCAAUUCAGUUUGUUAUUUUUGUAGGGGAGUAGUGUGAAUGGGAGAGUUAGAAGUGAGAUAUUGGGAGCAAGUAAGUCACCCAAUAAUAGAAGUCCUUGAUUUGCAAAACUGUUAUGCAGAGAAGUAAAGAUAAAGGUUGUCAGAUUUAUUUUUUAAAGUACUUAACCAGAGCUGGUGGAUUUUGUGGACUUUAAUUUGACUCAGUUCACUCUGUGAGCAUCCUGGAUUGCAUCGAUGAACACUGAAUUACUGUAAGAACGUAGACAGGCUCUCACUAUGACCUGGACAGUUUACUACACCGGUAACAUUCUAAUAUCAAGGAGAAUUCCAUUCAUCAUGGAACAUUCACAUUUUACUUUUCUCAAUGGAAUGCUUGCUGCAGGCUUACAAAUCACACCUAGAACUGAAGUCUGAGUGGUGUUAAUGAUUUUUCUGAAAGGAAUAAAAUUGGAAUGUUUCUUUAAAUGUGGAAAAUUUCUUCAGUAUCCUAAUAAUAUACCCAAAUGCGUUUUUCUGGGAGAGAGCAUUCUUUUACAAAAGAACUUUCCCUAUAAAAGCAUCACACUAUAAUGUGAAUUGGCAUUAAAAUCUUUGGAUGCUUUUGCAUUAUUAAGUUCAUGGAGAAAUAUUUUGUAUUUUACUAUGUAUGUAUUAAUAAAAAGUGGGCAAAGUAAAGUCUGCAAAAUUUAGCUUCUCUAAAUUUUUGCUCAGUGUCUGCAGCUGGCUAUGGGUCAGGGCUUAGUACAACAAAACCUUGCCUGGAAGGCACUCUAGAAAGGUUGUACAUAGUCUCCCAGUCUGCAUGUCCUGGCUGUUAAUCAUCUUGGCCCCUUGAGGCACAUCGCAGUAUGAAGGACCUGUUUAAGUUGAAAUAGACUUGGUUAUUUAUUGGGACUCUUAAAAAUUCUGAGUUUGCAAUAUGAGAGGAAAUAAGAUUUCCUACCCCUUCCUCUCAUUUUAUAUUGACUAUUUGCCAGAAAGUAUUUUCUUCUAUUUUCUUGUAUUUUGCUUUUGAGAUGGAGUCUCACUCUGUCACCCAGGCUGGAGUGCCGUGUUGUGAUCUUGGCUCACUGCAACCUCUGCCUCCCGGGUUCAAGUGAUUCUCCUGCCUCGGCCUCCUGAGUAGCUGGGAUUACAGGCAUGUGCCACCACGCCCGGCUACUUUUUGUAUUUUGUUUUCAGUAGAGAUGGGGUUUCACCAUGUUGGUCAGGCUGGUCUCAAACUCCUGACCUCAAGUGAUCCACCCGCCUCGGCCUCCCAAAGGGCUGGGGUUACAGGUGUGAGCCACUGUGCCUGGCCUUUUGUUUUGUAUUCUUGCCAGUACAGUAUAUGGUUUUUCUACCCCAAUUACAUACUGGCUUUUGUACCAACAUCACUAAAGGCCCAGAUCAUUGAAGAUAGAAAACUGUACAUGCAGGCUGAUUGUCUGGUUAGUCAAUGGCCAGUUUGCUUAAACUGUCUAGUAUGUAUGUGCAGCCUGAAACUAGCUCCUUAAAAGGAAAGCCAGGUCAGUCAUCUUGAAAAAAUGACAUGUAAAAGUAAAUAAUUGUUUUGAGAGACGGUACAUAUUUUAAAGAUUGGCCUUAAGCUUCAGUAACAUUUUCAUUUUGUGACCUUUUGUUGUCACAGCUGUACCUUAACCUGACAGGAAUUACUAGUGUUUUUUUUGUGGGGCAGAAAGCAAAACCUGGUGUUGUGACUAUUAUCCUAAUAGUUCUUAGGCAAGGUUAGUAAGAAGCAACACAAACCCAGAUGCAUGCAUUGUGCAUUAUUUUGUAGACAAGUUACUUUCCUUCUGUCCCUUUAACAAAUUUGUAGCAAUUACCCUCCCUUUCUUUGGGGUCUAGAGUGAAAGCUAAUUUGUGGGUAGAUGAGAUUGCAGAAGAAUGGAUGUCCAUGGCUGUGAACACUGCACAUCCAUCUCCAGUGCUCACACCUGUGCAGCUACCACUCCCUGGCUGCAUGCCAUGCUGUCGGGUUGCAGAUUUGCACACAUAAAUUCCUCAGGAAGAGUUUGCAUGAGCAUCACCUCGCAAUAUUCUGUACUGACCAAACAAGGGAUUUGAAUGUUUUUCAGCACAAAAGGAUGACUUCCGAGUGGUGGUCUGUACACAUACUAGCAAAGGUAAUGGUGAUCUCGCAAACAAAAUUGGUUUCUGCAGUUGGAAGUGAGCAGGAGCACUUGUAUUAUAGUAUUUAAAUAAUCCUGGUUAAUCUCUUUUUAAGCAGAGUAACCCUUCCAGAUUUUGUCUUUUUAUUAUUGAGCCUGGCUUUAUUUUCUUCUUUUUCCCCCUUUUUUAUAGCAGUUAAUUAUUUUUGUGAUUAUUAUACAAGAAGGAUUGCCCUUGAGUUAAAAUGUUAUUGUUUCAUAAGCAGCUAUUAAAAUUACUAAGCAUUGUUUUAUGAAAUACACUAAUCUGAGAUACUGAAAAGCUUUGCAACUAAAAAGCAAAACAACCUACAUUAGUCAUCUAGCUAUUGUUUGGAUGUUUUGAGUUGAUUUUUUUAUGGUGCCUCUUUUAGCUUGGAAUAUUAUGUUUACUUUAAUUCAAGUCUAGGCCUUUUAAAGGGUCCUUAAAAAUAAAGUUCGGAAUGUCAAUCCCUUUGACACCUAUUACAGGUUUAUAGGACCUUUUUGGUUGUGAUUACUGUUUUCAAUACAAUUGUGUAAAUGAAGUUCACUUUUGUCAGAAGUUAAAAUGGAGGUCAUAGGAGUUCAUGGAGAAAUAGCUCUCCUAUUUCUUUCAUUACCCCCAUUGAAAUUCACCCCAGUUUCUGGCCACAAGAAUAUGAGAAAGGAACCCUGUUCUUUUCCAAGGGAAAUUAUCCUUCUCUGUCCCCACUGUUGAUUAACUGAAGUCCCAGACACCUUCCUUCCUCCACUGGCCAAGACCCACCUUGAACCUCUUUUCAGAGCCCAGUGGCAUGAAUACAUGUACUGUUUCUGCUUCUGUUGACGGAGUGGCUAUGGGAGUAUUAAAGGAAAUGCUAAUUCGAGCUUCAUUCUUAGGGGAACCUACUAUAUAUUGCAUCCCUGCUGGUUGGAAAUUAUCUUCAUCUCUGGACUGCAUUGUUUAGAAAAAUGUAAUGGCUUACGAUUCUGAGAACUUUAUAGUGUGGCUCUGGGGUUAAGAAUUCUGUGGUUUGAAAAAAAAUAAAUAUUUUGUAUUGAUUCUUACAUGUCAUUUCAAUGUUGUGACUAUGUACUAAAUGCAGUAAGACUGUGGGUGUUCUCUUAGAAGAGUGCGUUUUGUUAAACAGAUGGCAGAUCACUCUCAUUAGUCCUGUUUGUCAAUAUUACAGCCACGCACUUCAGGAUAACUUAAUCAAAUGAGAAGUCAUGGGAAGCUAUGGCUAUUAACAGGAAUGCUUAAGAAAAAUUUGGAGGGCAAGCACAGGCAAGAGGCUUUUGCCACUCACUAGCACAGCCAGAGCAAGGAUAAAGCAAUGAAGUCUUGUGCCUAGUGGUGCUUGUUUGUCAGAAGCCAUAGUGAGCUCAGCACAGGGCGUUCUGUACAUCAUCUCAUUAAUCCAAGAAAAACAGAAUGGCGGAGGAAACUCCUACUGACCUGGGAUACAAAGCCACUGACUUUGGCUCUUGAUCUUUUGGUGGGUUCUGAAUCACUCCUGUAUUAGGGCGUAUACUAUCACUCUAAAACAUUGUGGUGAAUGAAAUAAAUCUUGUACAGAUGUC